UCUGUUCUUGGCGGCCGCAUUGGCACAUACACAUACAGUGGGCGCGGGUACGUCUGUGAAUUAAAACCUGAUCGAUCGAUAGACAUGCUGACGGUCCGCAUCGCCCCGUGGCGGCGGCUCGCGCUCCUCGCCCUGCUGCCGCACCUGUUCCUCAGCGCCGCCGCCGUCGUCGCGAGGCAGUGUCUCUGGCCGGGCCAGGCGUCCGACGACGCCGGGUGCCUCAGCUGGCGCGUCAUGGUGGAGGCCAACAACGCCCGCGGGUGGCGCACGGUGCCCCCGCAGUGCGUCGGGUACGUCAGCGGGUACAUGACCCGGGGCCAGUACCAGCGGGACGUGGCCGGCGUGGCAGAGCAGGCGCGCGCCUACGCCGACGGGGUGGCCGCCGACGCCGACGGCCUCGACGCCUGGGUCUUCGACAUCGACGAUACCUGCCUCUCCAACCUGCUCUACUACGAGGCCAAGCAGUUCGGUGCGUACGACCCGCUGGCGUUCCGGGCUUGGGCGAGCAGGGAGGCGUGCCCGGGGAUACAUCCGGUGCUCGGGCUGUUCACGACGCUGCUGGACAAGGGCUUCAAGGUCUUCCUCCUCUCCGGGAGGGACGAGGAGACGCUGGGCUCGUGCACGGCGGCCAACCUGGAAGCGCAAGGCUUCUCCGGGUACGAGAGGCUCAUCAUGAGGACUCCGGAGUACCGAGGGCAGAGCUCGUCGAUCUUCAAGUCGGCGGUCAGGAAGCAGCUCGUGGACGAAGGCUACAGGAUCCGCGGCAACGUCGGGGACCAGUGGAGCGACCUGCAGGGCGACUGCGCCGGCGACCGCGUGUUCAAGAUACCCAACCCCAUGUACUUUGUCCCCUGAAGCGGACAUAGACCGGGUGCCUGAUUGAUUUCCUCGUAAAAUUAAGCAUGAGAAUACGGACUACUACUUACCUAGGGCAAACGUCAAAGUGAUCUGUAAACGGAUUACGGAUGGCCAAUGCAGAAUAAGCACAGGCCGUAAAGCAUAUAUAAAGGAAGAGGAAGAAGAGUAUUGACAGGCUCGAACCCAUCGAGAUCAUAUAUAAAAUAGCUACAAACUAUCUGGUGGAAUCCGUUAAAAAUUCUUAUAUAUAUUUGCACAA